AUGGCAGGCAUAAUUUUACGAAAUUCUCUAAAACGACUCUUUCCCAACGUCAACAGACGUCUAGUAUCAACUUCUAAGAAAAACCCGUCAGCUACAGCAACCCCUGAAGCUUUUAACCCAGCCGAAGCAAAGACCAAGGGUCCCGAAGAAAAUAACUGGGUGAGCUAUGGUUACGACUAUAAAUCCAAAGAAAACGACAGAAAUGCUAUGCAUUCGCUCAUGUUUAUCACCAUAACUUUGUGUAUCACUGUUGGAGGAUUUGUCAUGGCAUAUUUGCCAGAUUACAACUUAACAAGCUGGGCUCAGCGGGAAGCCUAUUUGGAGCUACGAAGAAGAGAGGCUGCUGGUCUCCCAGCUGUGGAUCCAAACUAUAUUGACCCAGCCAAGAUGGUCUUGCCAACAGAUGAGGAACUGGGUGACACAGAAAUAAUCAUCUAA